UCAGACAGAUGUGGGAUGCUAUUAUUGCGAUCACAGCACUCGUUAUUGGGAUCGCCUGUCCUCUGGCCACUGGUGAAUAUUUAGAACCCCACUGCGGAGUUCCUAACAAGGAGUCGCUAGUAACUUUUAAAAUAAUCGGUGGCAGUGAUGCGAUAAUAAACUCAAAUCCGUGGAUGGCUUUUAUCCACUCCUCCACCAAACUUAUUUGUGGAGGCACCCUGAUCACUCAACGUUUUGUUCUGACAGCAGCGCACUGUGUUUUUGAAGGAAUGGCCGUAAAGGUGCGUCUUGGUGAGUACGAUGAUACCACCACAGUGGACUGCGUCAACAAGGUUUGCAUCCCGAAAACCGAGGAGUACAAUGUUGAUCUGGGAAUCCGGCAUGGGAAAUAUUCCCAGAAAAGAAACAUGAACGACAUUGCGCUUCUGCGCUUGGAACGGCCUGUGACUUUUAAACAACACAUCCGACCUAUCUGCAUAAUCCUGGAUCCUACGAAAAGGCACGUUGUCGAGAGUCUUCAGUGGUUUAUCGCCACCGGAUGGGGCGAGACCAAAACGAACAGGACCCGCGGUGCGCUCCAGACCGUGAAGCUCCACCGUUUUGAUCCCAACCGCUGCUGGAGGUCCCUCGACAGGAUCGUGCAGAGCAACCAGUUCUGCGCCGGGAGCAACGAAGGCGACACGUGUAGCGGUGAUUCCGGCGGUCCGCUCAUCCGGAAAGUGCGUCACAUGAAUAAGGUGCGAGACGUGCAGUUUGGAGUGGUCAGCUACGGCAGUUUGCACUGCACCGGCAUCGGGGUCUACACGGAUGUGUACAGCUACACCAACUGGAUCGCAGCCGUAGUGCGGGAUUACACCUAUGUGCAGGCACCAAGAAUGCCAAAUAAUUGAUCUGUCAAAUAAAAAUAAAAAAAAUAUUUUUUGAAAA